AUGGAAGCUUCACAACCAACUUGGUUAUCAAAUCCAAACCCAAACCCAAUCUCAACUCUCAUUAGCCCGAAUUGCUCCUUUAGAGUCUCAUUUGAUGAGGCUUCCUUCAUUGAAAUGGAUCCUAACCUCACGCCCUCCAAAAGAUUCCUCGUUCGUCCAGAUUCUGAUUCUGGUUUUGAUUUUCCAACAUCGCAAGCGCCUUCAACACUUGUCCAUGCCGAUAAGCUCAUUUCAAACGGGACCUUGCUUCCCAUGAAAUCACAUGGCCCAUCCGGCUCGGUUCCCAAUUCACCUCUCUAUCCCACCAUUCAAGACAACAAUCGUCUUCGUAAAAGCCGUUCUAUGAUGCUACGUAGGUGUAACCGACUCCCGAAAAGAAUCAUACAAAAAUACAUGGAUUUGGUUCAACCGAUUUGGUGUAGACUGAGACGGGGGAGGUCAGAUAGUAGUAGGGUACAAGGAGUUGAGAACUGGGAAUGUUCGUCUGCUUACGGUCCCGGUCCUGGUCCCAGGACAAGUGGUGCGUGUUGGGUAGAUAACCGUCGAAGAUCUUGCGACUCUGAGAGCUCGAUUCAUGAGGCGGUUGUCCAUUGCAAGAGAACCAUUGGUAUGAAUUGA